UCAAAGAAAGAGAGAUUUGCCCAAGCAUUACUUGGGUGAGAGUGUGAGGAAACUACUACUACUUCCAUCUUCUUCCUUGUUCAUCAGACUCAGAGUGAAGAGAUAGCCUGAUUAAAGAAUGGAGAACACUCUGACAAAAGUUAUUGGGAGCUCUUGGAUUGCUAAGAAAGCAAAGGAAGAGAUCAACAACAUCACAGAUGAUUUAUCUUCAAUCUCAAACGCUGUGGAGGGAAAGGCGAAAUGGGUGUUCAACAAGUUUAAAGGCAAGCCACAAAGAACGUUGCCAGAGCUGCUCCGAUUGUACAACCUUCCUCCGGGCCUAUUUCCCCGGAACAUAAAAUGCUAUGAGUUCGACGAAUCAAAGGGGAAGCUCAUUGUGUACAUGAACUCUGCCUGCGAGGUGAGCUUCAAGGACUCGUCUGUUGUAAGGUACGGGGCUAGGGUCAAGGCAUCAUUGACAAGGGGAAAGCUGGAUGCAAUAGAAGGAAUGAAGACAAAGGUUGUUCUGGUUUAUGUCAAAGUCACUAGUUUAGCUGUAGAAGGCUACAAGUCUGAUAAAGUUUGGUUCACUGCUGGCUUGAAGAGAUCAAGACCAAAAGAUGCAUAUGAAAUGCCUCGUGAUGCCUCCGGUGUUGAAGAAUUUUAA